AGAGGGCGAUGGAGCCGUCAGAAACAUGAGCGAGCCGCGCAGCGUAGGGGGCGAGACGAUGGACGAGGAGGAGCACGAGGUUUACGGAGGAGAGAUCCCCGACGAGGCCGACAUGGACGCCGACGUCGACAUGGCCCUCCCCAACGAGAACGCCGCCAAGUUGCAGGAGCUGGACGAGAUGAAAAGGCGACUCAAGGAGAUGGAGGAUGAGGCUGCUGCCCUCCGCGAGAUACAAGCGAAGGUCGAGAAAGAGAUGGGCGCCGUCCAAGAAUCUUCUAGUGCUGCAGCAACUCAAGCAAGCAAGGAGGAGGUUGAUGCACGCUCAGUAUUUGUUGGCAAUGUGGAUUAUGCUUGUACACCUGAAGAAGUCCAGCAGCAUUUCCAGUCAUGUGGAACAGUCAACAGGGUCACUAUUCUGACAGACAAAUUUGGUCAGCCAAAGGGUUUUGCUUACGUUGAAUUCGUGGAAGUUGAGGCUGUUCAGGAGGCUCUUCAGUUGAACGAAUCCGAACUACAUGGGCGUCAAAUAAAAGUAGCGGCUAAACGUACCAAUGUCCCUGGAAUGAAGCAGUUCCGUCCAAGGCGGUUCAAUUCAUAUGCAGGAUCUCCAUAUAGGAGGCCAUUCAUGCCACCAUACUUUGCUUCCCCAUAUGGCUAUGGGAAGAGCCCCAGAUUCAGAAGGCCAAUGCGCUAUAGGCCUUAUUUAUGAUUAGCUGAUAAGAGACCCUUGUUAGCCUUUAAGUUUGUGUACCAAACUUUACUGAACUGGUGUGAUAUCUUGCCAGUACUUGUAUGACAUUUUAUGAUCAAAGUGUUCCUAACAAAGACAUUGAAAAGAAGUUUGGACCAUGUAAUUUUUUGCUUGCUAAUUUCUGUACUUGGGUCAGUCUUGCCACCA